AUGGCUCUGACUCCCUUGGUUGAAGAGCUCAUGGAGAAUGCUCGCAAGUACGACAGUUAUUUCUCUAAUGGCCUACACUUCCCCAGCAGUCGGGGAGCAGAUGAAGAGUACGUCGAGGCACGGCAGGCCGUCAUAGAUGGCGCACAACGUAUAAGGCUAGCGUGCAUGACGCCCGACCAGCGGCUCAAUCAGUACAUAACCCGGGCGUAUGACGUCGCCGUGAUUCGUGUGUUAAACGACGUAGACAUUGCCAACCACGUACCCGACGAAGGCAUCACGUUCUCUGCCCUAUCGAAGGCUGUAGGAAUUCGCGAACGGGUUCUAGUCAAAAUCAUGCGCACCAUUAUCUGCCAUGGCAUCUUCUCCGAGCCCGAGCCCAACUUCGUGAAGCACACCGAUGUGUCGCAGCUAUUCCGUCUUUCCGGGAUCCAUUCGUUGUGCAGAUUCGCCAUUGACACUGUCCUCCCCUCCAUGGAGAGGCUUCUCGAGGCCGAUGCCAAGUGGAAAGGUUCUCAGGACCCGUCUCACUCUGCCUUCAACAUUGCCCAUAACUCUACAGGGCCGAUGUACAAGUUUCCCAACGAGGCCUGCUUCAGGGCCAUCAUCAGCCCUGCCGAUGCCAAGGGUCUGUCAUCGUAUCCGUUGUGGCAGGAGAUCGACAAUCCCGGAGCUCGCUUCGUGGAUGUAGGCGGCAACUGCGGCGUCAUUGAGACCGCGGAGAAACAGGAGAGGCAGCCUGGGGGCGUGCUAGUGGAUCAAGAAGCUGGGCAGCGCCUGAGCCUGAAGCCGUACGACAUGUUCUCUGGACCGCAGCCUGUCCGCAACGCCGACGUCUACUUCUACCGUGCCGAUUUUCACAACUGGUCGGAUUUCAAAUGUCAGGAAAUCCUGCGGAACAUGCUCCCAGCGCUGAAGCCAGGCGCCCACAUCGUCAUUUGUGACAUUGUCCUCCCGAACCGCUGCGAUCUAACCUAUGAUCAGCACUACUGUCGAAUCACCGACCUCGCCAUGUAUGCACUUCACAGUUCAUGGGAACGAAGUGAGACUGAGUGGAAAAGCUUGUUCUCGUCCGUCGAUACUGGGUUCCAUGUCAAGGAAAUAUACACCCUAUGGCCUGGAUCGUAUCAAAAGUUUAUCCACCUUGUUUGGAGACCUAACUCCUAG